AUGUCGGACGGUAGUGUUGAUGAGCGGCGUCCAUCAUACGACGAACGGGAGCUUGCAAGUAAAUCAUUAUCGGUACAAGACAAACGAUUUUAUGUUGAUGUCAAGCAAAAUAAUCGAGGUCGCUUCAUUAAGCUUGCAGAGGUUGGCUCGGGACGACGGAAGAGCCAACUAACACUGUCAAUGAGCGCUGCGGCUGCGUUUCGUGACCAUCUGGAUCAGUUUGUCAAAUUCUUCGAUGGCCUCGGUAUUAUGUUUACUUUAAGAACUUCUGGUGAGGAACCAUCUGGAGGUGAGAAUGGUCACUUAAAAUCUGAAGUAAUUGUGCUUCAUUUACGUCAAUAUUUUCUGAAGUUGAAAGAAAAUGAAAGGGGACGGUACUUACUAGUCUUUCAAAUGGUGUUAAAAAAUCCUCAGUUCCAUCGUCCACCAAUAGCAUUACCAGCAACUGGCAUGGCACAACUUCGAGAUACACUAACAGAACUUAUUGACAAGUAUGCUGAGGGAUAUCUCAUUGAAUACGAUACGUAUCUAGCUUUGCCUAAGCCGAAGCAUGUACGUGCUGACAAUAAGAUGUUUAUUUUUGUUGUCGAUCGCAAUGAACGUGGCACUUUUUUGCGCAUAUUGGAGGUUAAAAAAAUGGGAAGAUGUUCUUCUAUCACAGUACCAAUGAGUUCUUGGGGAGCGUUCCAAGAUGUGCUUUCGGAUCUGCAAGAAAAAGUAACACCCUCUAAUGAAAUUAAAAGUGGUAAGGAGGAAUUAAAAAUAAAAAACGAUCCCGAGGAUGAUAAAGUGGAAUCUAAAACGAGCAGUGUUUCCGAUACUGAACAUAACAAAGGGUAG